AUGUCUUCUGUUUGUAGCAUGGCCUCAAACCAUGGGUAUUUCCCUGUUCUGACCGGAAUUGAAAGGGUUUCUGAUACAUCGGCGGUGCUCACUCCAAAUAUUGUGGAUCGAGGAGCAGAUUCUGAAGAUGAAUCCACUGCAGGAGCCCAACUAACUGAUGCUGAAUCUCGCCUUCCUUCGUCUAGGGGCUGGGGAGCACACAAGAGAAGGCUUGAAAGGAUCGGAGUGGCCAUCGAACGAGCGAGUGGUGUCACUGAUAAUAUUGCGGAGCUGUCCAAGGACACAGAGAAGAAAGAAGGGUACGGCAAAUGCAUGAACUUGACGUUCGACGAUGGCGUGUGGUACAAGAUUCCCUGGGAAGCUUGUUGCACCUGGCAUCGCAUGGAAGCCCUUCUUAGGACUUGGUUCCGAGGUGAUGAGGAAAGGCUAAAAGAUCUUGAGAGAGAGCAUUAUACCCUUAAACAAGCCGACCAAGACUUGAUGCUGCCGCGAAUCUGGGAGAAACUACUGGUUCACGAUGCAAACAUCGUCUUCUCAUGGGUUGAACCAUCUGCCACUUCCUCGAGACCUGGGUCACCAGUCGGAAGCUUGGCGUCAGAGGAUCAAUAUGGAGACCAUGGCCCCGAGCACCACAACCGGUCACCAGUCGGAAGCCUAGCGUCAGAGGAGCAACCUGGAGACCACGGCCCCGGAUACCACAACCGGUUCGGCUACACCAUUCAGUAUUACCAGAAACCCCUGUUCUCUACUGAUGAUGAUGAGUUCGUUUCAAGCAGUGUAUAUGAGGAACCUGUAGGAUUCGAAGUGGAUGCUUCCUACGAAAAGGUUCCCGCGCUUGAAGAGUUUCAACAUAUCAUAGUACCACGCCACGCCUCCCCACAUCGAAAAGGCGGAAGGAGCGGGAAGGUCAAGCUUCGCUCAAUCGACCGAAUCGGCAAGAAAGCGCUCAAGAUCAACUCUUCAUUUCUGCUGAACGUAAUUCGGUCCGUCGUUACCCAUACUUCCGACAUGCCCGACGACGUUGAGACGGGCCUCACGACGGGCAUCUUUCCAUACCCAUACAAGGAUCUGUGUUUGCAUAUCGACGCCCUGCAGGACUACAGAACUCAAACCUCUGGUUUGCGUGCUCGACAUUCUGCCGCUUUCAACGACAGCUUCGAUUUACACAUGAUCCUGCUUCAGGACUAUCUUGAACGUCAGCCUGAGCUUUUGCUGAAAGAAACGAGCGCUAAAUGGAGUAAGCCAAAUCCGAGCACGUCAUUCGCUUCGAUCUGGCUGCUUUUGAAACCCGGAUCGGACGUGUACGUCCGUGAAUUCGAUGGGUCUCUCAAUGCGUAUGUUGUAGACUCGGUUAGAGGUGGAGUGGUUGUCGGGAAGGAUGGUCGGAGAAUUAGCAAUUCAUAUCAUGUUCAGCUGUGGCACCUGAUACUCGGAUCGGGCACUGUUCGCCCCUGGACGAGAUCCAUCGAGAUCGGCGUCUUUGACAACGACCGAGAAAUCACCAGCUUGCCGCUAUUCCCGGUGAGAUUCCGAGAUAGUGUUGAUGAUGGCGCCACAAGGAAAGGGUUGAUCGGAAGGGGACGGAAGUACUUCCAGUACUGCCGACGCCCGAACUUCCUACAAUACUCAGGCACGGGCUUGAGGGGAGGCAAAUCUUACAAACGGGCUCGAGUAGUCGUCGAGCAUGCAUCUGAUCCAUGGCAUGACGACGGGUUCGAACGUCCGGAACACGAAGUGCACAUCCCGAUGGAAGACGAACCGUUCGGUACAUCAAUACGACUGGCCCAAUGCGAGUGUCAGGAGUGUAAGGAUGCAGCGACCACCGAAGAAGUUCACACAAUGCACUUCAGCGAUUAUCGCAGACUUGAUCCUGAGCGAUUGGGAGAACUGACCCCCCACCAAUACAUGCUUAUGACAUCGCACAUGUUCGCAUUUGUUCUAAGAGACCGUGUAUACGACCUGCUGAACGUUGGUCAUCUGGAAGAUCCAGUGAUGGCUGAGACUGCGAUCGACAAGCUGGUGAUAGAACCCGGCAACAAAGAGAUCAUCAAGGCGAUCGCAAAGAUUUACACCGACAAUGCGCCAGAAGGUCGAUUCAGCGCGGAUUUUAUUUCUGGGAAGGGUGAAGGCCAGAUCAUUCUUCUGCAUGGGCCUCCGGGCACCGGCAAGACCCUUACAGCUGACUUACAGGGUUCAGAAUCGGUUGCGGAAUUCACGAAAAGGCCGCUACUCAGUAUCACGGCCGCUGACCUUGGCCAUCAGCCUGACGCGCUUGAGCGAAAUCUCUUGAGAUACUUCCAGAGAGCAGCAGAUUGGGAUGCGAUUGUUUUGCUCGAUGAAGCUGACGUAUAUCUUGAGCAGAGAUCAGUAAUGGAUCUGCAAAGAAACAGUAUUGUCUCAGUCUUUUUGCGCGCCAUGGAUUACUUCCAGGGUAUCCUGUUCCUUACCACAAACAGGGUUGGCCAAUUCGACGAAGCGUUUGCAUCACGCAUACACUUGUCGUUAGGAUACAAUGUACUCGACGACAAUGCCCGAGGUCAGAUCUGGGACAAUCUGUUCCAAAAGCUGAGGGAAGAUCACCGCAAGAAGAUAGGCCCGGAAAUCGUUUUUGGCAUCAGUGCAAAGCAAUAUAUCAAGACCAAGGAAGUCAUGGCGCUAGAGUGGAAUGGCCGGGAGAUCCGAAACGCAUUUCAAACCGCUGUUGCACUCGCAGUGUACGAUACAAAACAACCUGACGGCGGAGAGAUACCAUAUCUGACGGAGAAUCAUCUUGAGCAGGUGGUUGCGAUGUCAUUGGCCUUCAAAGACUAUAUGAAGAAAACCCGUCAAGGCAUGACGGAAUCGGAAUGGGCAGUCAUGCGGAACAAUCGAUACGAUAGCCUGGCUGAUAGGUCUGGCACACCGAGAGGAAAACGCACUGCGGCGACAACAACAACAACGGAAAGAUAG